UGGCCUUCAUCGAUCAACACUUUGAAGAUCAAUUCGAAGAAACCUAUGACACAGGGAUACCUACCCUCAUCAUUGACAAAGCUGGUCAUUGGAGAAUAUGAUCAUGAGCUCCAACCAGGCUCACUGCCACCAUCAAUCACAGAGUUGAAGGCCAAGAACUUCCGUCACAAACUUAAACCAGGUGUCUUGCCACCAUCACUCACAACACUCACUCUGGGAUCACCACCAUAUAUGAUUAGACCUCACAUUCUACCAUCAUCUCUCAUCACAUUAACAAUCAAGUCCAUAGAUGGAUUCCGAAAUUCCUCACCCUUUGCCUUGGGCUCACUUCCAGACUCACUCCAGACACUCAUCCUCUCGGAUGAAUUCAAUCAAAAUUUGGUAUCCAAAGAUAUUCUACCUGUGUCACUCACAGCGCUUCACUUUGGAGACCAAUACUACUAUCCACUCCCACCUGGCGUACUCCCUUCAACUCUCUUGAUACUCAAGUUUAGUAAAGAAAGCGAAUUCUACCAUUCGCUGGACCCUGGAUCAUUGCCAAAUUCGUUGCACACACUAAGACUAGGCAGUGGCUUCAAUGAUCCUCUAGUCCCUGGAUCUCUACCAGACUCAAUCACCAAGUUGACCUUUGGAGCGAAUUUCAAUCAAACAAUACAUGGCCGUCUCCCACUGUUCCUCACGACACUCAAGUUUGGAAUCUCCUUUGACAAACCAUUCACAAAAGGUUCCUUGCCCAGGAUGCUUAGGUCAUUACAAUUGGGGUUUGAUUAUAAGAGUAACAUAUUUACGCCAGGUCUACUACCUUCAUCUCUGGAUACAUUAGUGCUGAGGAGGGCACCAUUCAAAAGAUUGACAACGACUCAGAUACCAUUGUCUCUGACCAGGUUGGACUUUGGCGGACCUAAAUUCAACAUGCGAUUCCGGAAGGCCAUAUUGCCAGAGACCCUCAAAUGGUUGCGAUUAGGUCGAGAUUUCAACCAUGAAAUAAAUCUCCCUCGUGGUCUAACUCAUCUUACAUUGAACUCAAUGAUACAGUUUAAUAGAUGUAGGACGAUGUCCAUCGAGGGACAUCAACUUGAGGAGUUAAACAUUGAGGAAACACAAUUCCCUGGGAUGUUCAAAGGUCCAAAGUCCAAGGACCCAAUUUGGAUCAAUAAUCUUCGAUUGGUCACUCACUUCCCGGAAUCGACUGUCAUCAAUGACAUCGAUUGGCAUGGAUCGUCUAUCUCCAAAUUCACAAACAUCCUAUUACAAAGAACCACUAUUGCUUAUGGUAUUCAAUCAUACUUCAAAUUGCGCAAGAUAGAUGAUCAACACUGUAUAUGUGUCCUAGUUAAAGGAAACAAGAUUACUCAAUACCAUACAAUC